UAUCUGUGCGCCUCUGGACAGCACACAACCUGGCUGACGACGCUGCUGCUGCUCAAGCCCCGUAUAUGAGUCUCCUCCUCGGCUAUGCUGCCCUGAGAGCGCCGCCGCGAGUCACCGCCCUGCCAACAUGUCUGAUGUCAACAAGACUAUUCAGAAAUGGCACGCCAGUUUCAGAAAAGGCACAGACUUUGACUCGUGGGGACAAUUAGUGGAGGCUAUAGAUGAGUACCAAAUUCUAGCACGACAACUGCAAAAAGAAGUCCAGUCAACAAAUUCAUCAGACUUCACAGAGGAGCAAAAGAAAACUAUUGGGAAGAUUGCAACAUGCCUGGAGAUGAGAAGUGCCAGUUUGCAGUGCACACAGUCAAAGGAGGAGUUCAAGUUGGAAGACCUGAAGAAACUGGAAACCAUUAUUAAGAAUAUACUGACCUACAACAAAGAGUUUCCCUAUGAUGUCCAGCCAGUGCCGUUAAGGAAAAUCCUUGCUCCGGGUGAAGAGGAGAACCUGGAGCUGGAGGAGGAGGAGGAUGCUGCAGCAGGAGUAGGAUCAACAGAAGCUUUCCCUCCACGUGCUCCUGGUACCUUGUUGCCACGGUUACCUUCAGAGCCUGGGAUGACACUGCUUACAAUAAAGAUUGAAAAAAUUGGGUUGAAGGAUGCCGGGCAAUGCAUCGACCCUUACAUGACCAUUAGUGUUAAAGAUUUGAACAGUGUAGAUGUGAACCCAGUGCAGGAUACCCCCGUAGCAACCAGGAAGGAAGACACCUACAUUCACUUCAGUAUUGACAUAGAGAUCCAAAGGCAUGUGGAGAAAUUACCCAAAGGAGCAGCUAUCUUCUUUGAAUUCAAGCACUACAAACCCAAAAAGAGGUUUACCAGCACAAAAUGUUUUGCCUUCAUGGAAAUGGAUGAGAUCAAACCCGGACCCAUCGUAAUUGAACUGUACAAGAAGCCCACAGACUUCAAGAGGAAGAAACUGCAGCUUCUAACAAAGAAACCACUUUAUCUCCAUCUUCAUCAAACAUUGCACAAGGACAGCUAAGUUGGAGCAUGCCUUGAACCUUAAUCCACCUCUUUUUUAUCUAUGUCAUACAUCCACAUCCAACAAAAUGUGGUGUUCCACCUCAUUACAUCCAGCAAUACUAAAUCAAAGUUGGAAAGUUGUUUUUUUUCCCCCAUGAGCAAGAAAGUUAAGUGAACUGAGCCAAACAUUACAUCUACUCAGUCUGCUACAUUAGUUUUCCUUCAAAAAAAGAAAAGAAAUCUUUACGUUUCUUUUUAGGCACAUUCUCUUCUGUUGCAGGAACCCCCUUUUCUCAAACCCCCCAAAAAAUAACAGUGUUUUAACCAUUUGGAGAUACAGGGUUUUCAUAUGACACCAGUGGUAUGUUUAAACCACCUCAUUGUCAGUCUUCCUUAAUUCACUUAUUUGGGGAGACACAUGUGACACAAAAUGAGUCAACUCUCAAUUCUUGACUCUCCACGUUUGUGCUGUUGGACUUUGGUCAAUGGAUAUCUGCACUUCUGUGAACGGACUGCCAAAAAUGUGGACUUGUUGAGGAAGUCAUGGCACACAGUUGCCUCAACAACCCACCAAAAAUACAUUUCUAAAUUCUAUUAUCAUCCAGCGAGUCUGGAGUGUGCUAUUAUUAUAGACUUUUUACAGUGUUUCGUUAUAAUCAAUUAAUGGAUGAGUUUGAAUACGAAAGCUAUUAUAAACUGAUUCAAAUGAGCAUUUAAACUAUGCAUUAUAAAAUGUAAAGGUGAUAAAAGUAAUUACAUAAUUACAUUUGACAGUUAAUUAUUAUUUGUUAUUCUUGCUUAAAUAAUGAACUGCUUAUUAUGACUAACAUUAGUUUCCUUUUUGUGACUGAUUUAACUUAAAGGUUCCCUGUGGUGUUGUUGACCAGCUUCUUUUUAUUUCCCCUUUAUCAAGUGCAAUCACACAGUACAGUCAGGAAUGAAUAACAACAAAGAAAUCCACAGAAAUUGUUUCACUAUCUAUUAGAUAACAGAUAAAAAUAAUAAUAAUACUAAUAAUAAUAAUUGGGGACAAUUUAGUCAGGAAUACCUGUUUUUAAUGUUGUUUUCCAUGUAGCAAACAUCCUUAACUUUCUUCCUCUAAUGUGUUACUGUAGGGGGCUGCGGCCUUAGCCAAGAGACUGGAUUAUCUUCUUAGCGAUUAGAAGUAGUAAUGGAAGUAAGGAACAGUGUUUUUAUAAAAGUCCAAAUAAAAGUCUUAAUUAUUCUGGUGACACACUCCAGACUCUGUAAUGGUUAAGUUUUCAGUAUUGGAUUCAGCAGUGGCAUUCAUAAUGUUACAUGGUGCAACUAUGUGUUACAUAUACAGUUUGUAUCUUUGAUAAGAUGCCUCAGUGGACAUUUUCAGUCAUUUUUAGUCUUUUUUUUGUAGUUGUGUUGGCCUUUGCAAUAUUUGAUUUAAAUGGCAGAUGUUCAUACUCGGACUUGAAUUAAUCAGCUCAUGACCAAAUGUCAGUGAAAGGUCCCCAUAAUCCUGACAGUCCCCUCAGUGGUAACUUCACAAUGUUCUGAAUGAAGUAAAUACAGUUUGACGAAUGCAUAGGAAGUAAAUUGGAUGCAGCAUGGUUUGCAUGCUGUGGAUGUGUAUUCUGUAUUCAGUGUGAGCCUUUGGUUACGGCCUAAAUGUUUUACACCAGUUUCUUUUUUUUUUGUCUUAAAUGUAAUGUUCCUGUUGAUUUACACAGAUAUUUAUCACCUGCCAGGAAGUGAUUUUUAAUGCUUUUUAUCUACAGUUAUAUUUGACCAGCAUUUACAUGGGACAGUAUCUAAAGGAUGCAUUUUGUUUUGGAUUUUGCUCUUGGACUGACCAGCCAAGGAUUGUUUUUCUCUUCGGUUGUUACUCAGAAAAGCCCACUGCUCUCAUUUUGAAAUGUCAUGUCACCCUGUUAUAAAGGGCUUUUUUAAAUUAAGCUGCAUGUAACUUUGUUUCCAGUCCGACUCUGCAGAUGUUCUUCUUCACUAAAACAUCUACAUUCUAAUAUUUGAUUUUAGAUUUUAUUUUUGUAAUGUCACAAUAUUCAGGACUGUAAAUUAACUAAGAUACACUAACUGAUGAAUAUACAGUAACUGUGUGUAUGUAUGAUGUGGUCAGACUGAGAACUGUUGAGUGUUUUAGUUUUGUUGACAGAUUGAGGGGAAUUGUAUCAAACAUUUACAGUGCUUUUCAUUUCUAAUAAACUGCAAA